AUGCAACAUCAAUUCACAUUCACAAGGAGCAAAGAUGGCGGACGUCAGGCGUGAGAGAAUAAGAUCUGAUAGAAGUCGUCAGUCUCAUUCAAGGUCUCGCUCAAGAUCUCCGCGAGUCAGAAGAAUGCGGUCUAGAUCCCCAGAAAGAAAAGGAGCUGUUCGUCCGCCACUAGGAAGGCCACGCGAUAGAGAUGCGCCUGAUAACAAGGCAGAUGACGGGAAACCAUCAAAUCAAACGACGACAGUGAAGAUUGAUAGGGAAAAGACCUGUCCACUAUUACUAAGGGUGUUUUACAAUGAUGGCAGACAUAAUAGACUUGACGAGUAUUCAAGAAAUGGUGUACCAAGAAAUGAGUUGCAGAUAUACACUUGGAAAGAUGCAACAUUGAAAGAAUUGAUGAAUCUUGUCAAAGAAGUUAACCCAAAGGCACGCAAGAAAGGUACAUUUUUCGAUUUUGCAACUGUUUUUCCCGAUGCUCGGCGAAACAAUUUCAUUAUGAAGGAGAUAGGAACGACUUGCGCAGGCAUCAAAUCAGCUGAUGACACUGUCACAUUAGCCAACAAGAAGUUCCAGAUUGGUGACUUUUUAGAUAUUGCUAUUUCAACCCGGAGAGAGCGACGAGACGUUUUUUGAUUUAUGUUUCUUGCCUUUGAUAUAAGGAUCUUUUUGGUUUUAGUAUAUAUUUACUCACGUAUAUCAAGUAGCAUUGACAUUAUUCUUAUGUAAAAUACUUUUAAAGUCGA